GUGAGAUAAAGUUGUGUAUCUAAUUUAAAUUGCAGAAUAAAUUAAUUAGGGCCGAAUAAUUUGCCGCUACUGCCCUGAAAAUGCCGAAAUUGCGUCUGUCAAAUGUUAAAAGUCGUCGUAAUACUGUUUAGGUUUAUUUUAUAAUAUUAUAUAUAGGUGUAGUUGUAAAUAUAAAGAAAUAAGAUUAGUUUAUUUUUUGUGUGUAAUGUAUAAUGCAAAUUAAGAUGCAGCCCUUCACGGCAUUUAUGAACGUAGAAAGUACGCGUUCAUACAUCGACGAUUUAUAUUCGCAAGAUUCCAACAAAUGUCUGGCUUCCAUAGUUUGCAUAAAGAACUCGGUAAUCGGUUCAAAUCGCCAAAAGGAAAGUGUUAUUGCACAAGGAAUCGUACCCAGACUGAUUUACCUUUUGAAGGAUAAGAACACAAAAUUAGCGGUUAGGGUCGAAGCGGCAGUAACCAUUGGAUCUCUAGCAAAGGGUACAGAAGACCAUAUUGAAUUGUUAAUCAAUUCGGGCACAACCCAAAUUGUAUUGGACCUUCUGGAAGAGGAUGAUCCUAGGCUUAUUGAUGCAUGUUUGUGUUGUUUACGCACUUUAUCUCAUCAAAAACAAAGUGCUACAAAGUUUAAUGUCAGGCAUUUGCAGAAGUUGUUGAGUUUUGCAGGGUCACAGGAAUCAUUGCAAAAACAGGCUUGCGUUGCCAGCAUUUUGAGCACAGCAUGCAAAUCGCCUGCAGAACAAAGUGCACUGUGUCAAGUGGGGGCACCUGCGGUUCUAUCCGAUUUACUGGCUAUUGAGAAUUGUUCUGUUAGGGUUCCUGUAAUGUCAUGUUUGGCAUCUAUGUGCUGGAAUAAUCAAGCUGUGGCCUCAGAGAUUGUUAAUACUCAAUGUAAGGAUAUAAAGAUACCAAAUUACCUUGCGAAUCUUAUUUCAAGGGACAGACCGGUAGAUAUGCAAUUGGAGGCGGCCAAAUGUUUAACUAACCUUCACCGUGCUUAUGCUAUUUAUCCAUUUGACCCCAUCAUUACACAUCGUACACUUCCAUGUCUUGUUAGGCUAUGUCAGCCUGAGCACACUGAAGCUCAUAGAGCAGCAGCCGCGGAAACUUUGGCUUAUUUAAUUGAAGUUGACAGCAAUUUUCAACAAAUUGCUGCUAUAAGUAAUCAGUUAGUUAGUGCUUUAGUAGAUCUACUUAAAUGUCCAAGUAUUGCAGCUAGACAAGCUUCUUUCAGAGUAUUUGCUUCUCUAGGCGCGAACGACGAAGACAUCAGGAAACGAAUAAUCGACACAAAAUGCCUGAUGGACUGCGUGGUGCAAGGAUUAGUCGAUGAAAAUAAAGACAUCAGGUUGGCCGCGGUCCGAUGUCUUCACUCUUUGAGUCGGUCCGUUCACCAGCUGCGCACCACGUUUCAGGACCACUCCAUCUGGCGACCACUGAUGACACUUGUUGCAGGAUCCCCUUCUGUGGAACUUUUAACAGCCGCAUCUUCAGCUCUCUGCAAUCUUUUGUUGGAGUUUUCACCGGCAAAAGAACCGAUGCUGCAACAAGGCGUGGUCCAACUAUUGGCCACUCUGACAUCACGAACGGACCCCGCCCUGCGCCUUAACGGCGUAUGGGCCCUGAUGAAUCUUGCGUUUCAAGCGGAACAACGAGUCAAAAAUCAAAUUCUAACCACGCUAGGGACGGAUCAGAUAUUUCGAUUGCUAGCGGACUCGGACACGAGAGUUUUGAUGAAAACUUUGGGGUUGCUGCGCAAUUUGGUGUCGCCCCGCACGCACGCGGACGCGAUGAUGGCCGAGCACGGCCCGCACGUCAUGCAGGUCGUGGUCCUGGUACUCGAAGGCCCGCACUCGCCCGAAGUGAAGGAGCAAGCGCUGUGCAUUCUGGCGAACAUAGCCGACGGCGAGAAGGCGAAAGAUCACAUCAUGUCGAACGAGGACGUCUUGAAGAAGUUGAUCGACUACAUGACGCACCCGGCGCCCUGUCUGCAGGAGGCCUCGGUGUUUUGCAUCAACAAUUUGACGCAGAACGGCGAACCCGGCGCGGAGGAAAGGCAGAACAAGUUGAAGGAGAUGGGCGUCAAGAAUGUUCUACAGCAAAUACUGAGCACGGCCGAUCCUGUGCUCGCCAACAGAAUAAAAUCAACUCUUGACCACUUUCCUGAUGUUUAGUAAUUUGGAAAAAUAGAUUUUAAUACUCCAGGACCCCUUAAUUAAUUGUGAUGUUUAGACUGAGAAUGUGGUUCUAUCUUUUUAAAUAAUUUAAUGUAGUCAUACAACCGUACGAAAUGUACCUAAUAUUGUUUCAGAUUAUGUUGUGUUAUCUUAUUAAUUGCACAUUAAAUAUAUGUUAUACAAA